AUGUUAAUUAAGCUUGGCAACUUCAAAAAAACACAAAGAGGAGUGCAUGAGGCAACAAAACUCGAUCAAACUUUUAAUGAAAUAAAUGUAGAUGGCAAUGCACAAUCUGAAGAAAGAAUAGAGAUAGAAGCAACUUCAGCAUCUAUAAAUGAGAACAAUACUGAAGACAUGAGUAUGCUGGGAGCAAGCACAGAGAAAGAGACAGUUCAACAGAUAAACAUAUAA